UCGGUUGACAUAACAUUAUAAUGUGAUUACAAUUAGUGAUACAAAACUAAAUCUAACAAACAAACAGUGGAAACAAAAAAAAUCAAACAUUUGACGGGACAGUCAUUACAAAUCAAUAUCAUAUAUAACAUAUAUAUUGUAUGUGUUAUCAGUAUUACCGUUAAAAACUUCAUACACACCCACACACACACACACACACACACACAUGUCUUACUCAACAUCAACUGAUAGUCCUAUCAGACAACUGGCCAUCGGGUUUGUCGAUCUGAUGGCCGGAUCAGCCGGCGGUGUGGCCAACGUAUUGACCGGACAGCCGUUGGACACAAUCAAAGUGAAAAUGCAGACAUUCCCACAUUUAUACAAUAAUACCAUCAAUUGUCUCAAACAAACCGUCACAAAGGAUGGUUGGCGGGGUCUAUACGCGGGAACUACGCCGGCAUUGGCCGCAAAUGUAGCCGAAAAUUCUGUACUAUUCUGUGCCUACGGUUUCUGUCAGCAAAUGAUUUGUCAGAUCAGACAAACCAAUAGUUGUCAACCAAUUGAUAACGCAUUCGCCGGGUUUUUCGCCGCCUUUUUCUCAUCGUUUACAUUGUGUCCGACGGAACUCAUCAAAUGUAAACUACAGGCGCUCCGGGAGACGGGAGUUCAAACACAUAUUGGAUCAAUUCAGUUGACACGACAGAUACUUCAGUCAGAAGGAGUUCCCGGUAUGUUCAGAGGUCUGACGUCGACAAUGGCCCGCGAAAUGCCCGGAUAUUUCUGUUUCUUUGGCGGCUAUGAGCUGGCAAAGAGCUAUCUGCGAACAGAUCCGGAUGAAGAAAAUUUAGGACUAUUGAAGACAACAAUCGCCGGCGGUAUCGGCGGUAUGUGUUUGUGGACAUCGAUAUUUCCGUUUGAUGUGGUAAAGUCGCGCAUCCAGAUCGAGUCCAGCCGGCAGACAAUGACCGCGGUUUUGGUCAAAAUUGUCCGGACGGAAGGCGUACGCGGUCUCUAUAAGGGACUGACGCCGACACUGUUGCGUACGUUUCCGUCUACCGGCGCUCUGUUUGUUGCCUACGAAAAUACUAAAGAGUUUUUUACUAAAGUGGUCGACAAAACACUUUAACUGUUUUUUUUAAAU